CAGAGUGAUGUGAUCUGUUAAAGAAAUAGCUUUAAUUGAAGUAAUUAUUAUAAAAGUAAAGCUGAUGUGCAAACCUGUGUUCCCUUGCUCCAUUGAGGCUGUCACUGUGAGUUUCUGUACGAGACUGACAUCUAGUGGACUUCUUUAUUAUACUGUAUGACUAGGAUUCAUGUUUGCACAUGUUUCAUAACCAGAACCAGGAAGUUCUUGAGUUCAGGUAAACUGCAACUUCACUGUCAGGCUUUUGUUUUUUUCUUUUCAAAAAUGGCAGAAGCGAGUGUUUCUUUGGCUCAUGAUCAGUUCAUCUGUCCAAUCUGUCUGGAUCUACUAAAGCAUCCAGUGACUAUUCCCUGUGGACACAGUUACUGUAUGAGCUGUAUUACAGACUACUGGGAUCAGAAGAGAGACUACAGCUGCCCUCAGUGCAGACAGACCUUCAAUACAAGACCUGUUUUAGGUAAAAACACCAUGCUGGCUGAAGUGGUGGAGAAACUGAAGAAGACUAAACUACAAGCUGCUCGUCCUGAUCACUGUUAUGCUGAACCUGGAGAUGUGGAGUGUGACGUCUGUACUGAGAGAAAACACAAAGCUGUCAAGUCCUGUCUGGUGUGUCUGAACUCUUACUGUCAAAAUCAUCUUGAACAACAUGAGAAAUUAUUCAGAGGCAAGAAGCACAACCUGAUAGACGCCACUGAACGACUUCAGCAGAUGAUCUGCCCACAACAUGAGAAAGCCCUUGAGAUUUACUGUCGUACUGAUCAGCUCUGUAUAUGUUAUCUGUGUAUGAUGGAUGAACACAAUGAACAUAAGACUGUAUCAGCUGCAACAGAGAGGACUGAGAAACAGAAACAACUGAAGGAGACACAGAGAAAAUUCCAGCAGAGAAUCCAGGAGAUACAGAAGGACUUUCGGGAGUUGAGAGAGACAAUAAAGACUCAUAAGCGCUCUGCACAGACAGCAGUGGACGACACUGAGAGGAUCUUUACUCAACUGAUCACAUCCAUUGAAAAAAGGCGAUCUGAGGUAACACAGCUGAUCAGAGAUCAGGAAAAGACUGCAGUGAGUGAAGCUAAAGGACUUUUGAAGCGACUGGAGCAGGAGAUUGAUGAUCUGAGGAGGAGAGAUGCUGAACUGGAGCAGCUUUCACACACAGAUGAUCACAUCCAUUUCCUCCAGAGUUUCCAGUCUCUCACUGCUUCUCUUGGAUCUAAAGAUUCACUUAACAUCACUGUCAGUUCUCACUUCUCUUUUGAUGAUGUAAUAAAAUCUGUCUCUUAUCUGAGAGAAAUACUGGAGGAUUUCUUCAGAGAGAUAGAAAAAAUAUCUGAUAGAGUUAAACCCCGUGAACCCAAGACCAGGGAGCAGUUCCUACAAUAUUAUCGUCAGGUCACUGCAGAUCGGAACACGGCAAAUAAACUUCUCUCUCUGUCAAAGGGAAACAGAGUGAUUACUUACACUCGCAAAGUCCGGCCAUAUCCAAAUCAUCGAGACAGAUUUGAACGUGAUCCUCAGGUGUUGUGUAGUGAGAGUGUGAGUGGAUGCUGCUACUGGGAGGUCGAGUGGAAAGGAAAUGUAUGCGUAUCAGUAUCAUAUAAGAGCAUCAGCAGGAAAGGUAACAAGUGUUUGUUUGGACGUAAUGACCAGUCAUGGAGAUUGUACUGUUGUAACGCCAGUUGUUCAUUCUGGCACAAUAACAAUAAAACUAAACUCCCAGUAGUGUCCAGAUCUGCUAGAAUAGGAGUGUAUGUGGAUCACAGUGCAGGAUCUCUGUCCUUCUACAGCGUCUCUGACACAAUGACCCUCAUCCACAGAGUCAACACCACAUUCACUCAACUUCUCUAUCCUGGAUUUUGGGUUUUUAAUGGAUCAGUGAAACUGUGUGACCUACGGUAAUAUAAAAUAAAUACAAAUUAAAUCAAAUAAAAAAUGAGCUCAGCCAUAAAUUAGUAAUAUUAUAUUUUAUAUACAUUCACUGCUAAACCUUUCUGGUGAGAAAGUCUUACCAUGUACAUUUAUGCAUUUUGCAGGCUCCUAUUUCUUGCUUUUUUAAAAUACUUUUUUUCACUUUAAUCAAUAACACCUAAAGGUCUGUCCGGCUGACAAAUUUCCUGUAUUUUUAUUUUUUUAUUUUUUUAUUUGGUGGCCCCAGUUAGUUAGACCAGUGGUUUUCAAACUGGAGGCCGCGAGAUGGUGCCAGGGCGCCCUAGUUUUAUGACAUUUUAUGAAAUACUUUAAUUUAUCAUGAAUUUUGUGUAGUUUAACCUAAAAAAAUAAGGCUACUAACCAAAAGCACUACUUUUUUGUAUAAUUUAAUUUUUUUUAUUAAAAUGUUGAGGUUUAGAACAGUUUUUUGUCACAAAUUUUCUUUGGGGGCCACGAAGGAAUGCACCGUAGACAAGGGGGGCCGCACGCUGAAAAAGUUUGGGAACCACUGAGUUAGACGAUCAACAAGUUCAACAGUUCAAGUCUAGGCCACCACAUUUAACUCAUAAAAUGUCUGUGUUUAUUGUGGAAGUAUUAGAGGAAAUGUAUAAUCACAUAAAAUAAGUAAAAUCGUUUUUGUGUUCACUGUAAAAUGUUUUGGUACUGGUGUGUACAUUUAAAAUAAAAUAUGAUUUA